AUGAAGGAAUUCAAUCAUGAUGCAAUGUUUCCUGAACAAUUGGCCAAAAGAGAAGAAAAUAUAUUGGCAUUGAUAUUAGUCAAGAAUAUUGUCAAAAAGCAAUUGAAAGAACGAAAUAAUAUGGAAAAUAAAAAUAAAGAGGAAUUAUUGACGAUUUUAGGAAAAUACAAAACCCAAGGAGGCAGCCACGCAAGUAAUUUGCUAGGAAAAAUGAGAAAGGGAGAAGAGAAAAAAGGAUUGUUAUUAACAGACAUAGCAAAAAAAUAUAUUGAGUAUAGAAAAUUGCUUGAAAAAUAUACUACAAAUUACAAUUUUAAUAAGUUGGCUGAAUGCCUUAAUGAUUACAAGGAUUAUCUAAAAAGUUAUAACUUUUCUUCUCAAUCCAAGUUUGAGUCCACAGUGCUAGAAGAAUUUCUGUUUGUUUUAUUUUCUAAGAGCGAUUUUUGUUUGGAUUUAAAAAAGGGUUCGUCGGUAAAAGCCUAUUCUAAUCUUUAUUUUAAUCCUAAAAGUCUUAAAAAUUUCGUAAAGGGACCAGUUGAUGUAGGAAUUCACGAAAAAGAUCAAGAUUUUGCUAUUUAUAGAGAGUAUGAAAUUGCGGUAAAUAAUGAGAAAGGAAAAAACUUAAAUGUUCCUAUAAUAAGUAUAGAAUGUAAGACUUAUUUGGAUAAGACAAUGCUGGAAGGCUCAAUAGCGACAGCAGAAAAAGUUAAGAGAGGAAAUCCACAAGCAAAAUUUUAUAUUGUUACAGAAACUUAUGAUAUUGAUUACAAAGUGGAUGUUUACGGAACACAAAUAGAUCAAAUUUACAUUUUGAGAAAGCAAAAAAGGCACAAGACAAGAAAUAGCCCAGAACUAAAGCAUCUUCUUUUGCCAACCAUUAAUCCAAAAGAAAUUGCCGAAAAGUUGACUUAUUACGGCCUAGAAACAAAAAUAAUUCAAAAGGAAAAAGAUAUAUAUUUUGAAAUUGACAUUCUUCCUAAUCGCCCCGAUUUGCUUUCUUGGAAAGGUCUAAUUCAAGAAAUAGGAAUUUUAUUAAAUUGUCAAAAAGAAGGAGAUGUUUAUCAGGUUCAAAUACCUUCGUCGCGGUCGGAUAUCACCAAUCCCGAGGAUUUACUGGAAGAAUUAUUGCGGAUUUAUGAUUACAACAAAUUAAUUGGCUCGCUGCCUUUUGGCUCCCCCGCUGCCGCUUCUAAUAGUAAAAACGAACAAGCCGAAAAACAAAAAAGAAUCCUCCGUCCUUUUUACCAGGAAGAAUUGCUGGCUUUGAGUGGAGUAGGAAAAUUUUUUAACCAGCCGCUUCACAAGUCAGUCCAGACAAUCGAUUUUUACUGGCUAAAAGGAGUAUUAGAAAAUAUUUUUGAAUUAUGGCAAAUUGGUGCAGAAUUUUCUUUUGUUCCCACUUCUUUUGAAUAUUUAUAUUCACCCCAGAGUGCAGAAAUAUUUCUCGGCUCCAAGAGAAUAGGAUUUUUGGGUCGUAUUCACCCCCAAAUCUCCCAAAAAUAUCAAAUUAGCGAGGACGUUUUUGUCGCUCAAAUUUCCCUCUCCCAAAUAUUUGAUUAUUUGUCCGACUUCCCUCCUCAAAUAUUCUAUCAACCG